GCUUGUCGCUGUCACCGUCACCGGGGCUGUCACCGUCAUUGCUGUCACCGACACCGGGAUUGUCACCGACACCGGGACUGUCACCAUCACCGCUGUCACUGUCACCACUGCCCUGGGAUUUGACACCAGCACUGUCACCAUCACCGCUGUCACCGACACCGGGAUUGUCACCAUCACCGCUGUCACUGACACCCGGAUUAUCAGUGACACCAGCACUGUCACUGUCACCGCUGUCACCGUCACUGGGGCUGUCACUGUCGCUGGGAUUGUCACCGCUGCUGGGUUUGUCACCAUCACUGGGAUUGUCACUGUCACCAUCACUGGGACUGUCACCGUCACCGGGACUGUCACCAUUGGUGGGUUUGUCACCAUCACCACUGUCACCGUUCCUGGAGUUGUCACUGUCACCGCGUCACCGUUUGUCACUGGGAUUGUCACUGUCACCAUCACUGGGUUUGUCACCGUUACCGCUGUCACUGUCCCUGGGGCUGUCACCAUCACUGGGAUUGUCACUGUCACCGUUCCUGGGAUUGCCGCUGUCACCAGGAUUGUCACCGUCACCGCUGUCACCGUCACUGGGGCUGUCACUGUCACCGGGAUUGUCACCGCUGCUGGGUUUGUCACUGUCACUGGGAUUGUCACUGUUGCUAGGUUUGUCACUGGGAUUGUCACUGUCACCAUCACUGGGAUUGUUUGUCACCGUUGCUGGGAUUGUCACCAUUACUGGGUUUGUCACCAUUACCACUGUCACCGUCACUGGGGCUGUCACCGUCACCGGGAUUGUCACCAUUCUGGGAUUAUCGCUGUCACCAGGAUUGUCACCAUCACUGGGGCUGUCACCAUUCCUGAGAUUGUGACUGUCACUGGGAUUGUCACUGUCACUGGGGCUGUCACUGGGUUUGUCACUGUGACCAUUCCUGGGAUUGCCGCUGUCACCAGGAUUGUCGCCGUCACCGCUGUCACCAUCACUGAGGCUGUCACUGUUGCUGGGAUUGUCACCGCUGCUGGGUUUGUCACCAUCACUGGGUUUGUCACAUUGCUGGGUUUGUCACCAUUACCGCUGUCACCGUCACCGGGAUUGUCACCGUUCCUGGGAUUGUCACCGUUACCGCUGUCACCGUCACUUGGGCUGUCACUGUCACCGGGAUUGUCACCACUGCUAAGUUUGUCACCGUUACUGGGAUUGUCACUGUCACCGUCACUGGGAUUGUCACCAUUGCUGGGUUUGUCACCAUUACUGGUGUCACCGUCACUGGGGCUGUCACCAUCACUGGGAUUGUCACUGUCACCGGGAUUGUCACCAUUACUGGGUUUGUCACCGUUCCCGCCGUCCCCGUCCCCGUCACCAGGAUUAUCACCGCUCCCAUUGUUAAGUUCACCAGGAUCGUCACCGUCACCGGGAUUGUCACUUUCACCACUGUCACCGCUAUCACCAUCACUGCUGUCACCGUUUCUGGGAUUGCUGUCACCAAUUUUGCGUCACCAUUACUGGGAUUGUCACCAUUACCACUGUCACCAUUACUGGGAUUGUCACCAUUAUUGUGUCGCCAUUACUGAGAUUGUCACCAUUUCUGAGGUUGUCACCCUUAUUGUGUCACCAUUACUGGGACUGUCACCAUUUCUGCGCUUGUCACCAUUACUGGGAUUGUCACCGUUAUCACCUUCACCAUUACCGGGAUUGUCACCAUUUCUGAGGUUGUCACCAUUAUUGCGUCACCAUCACUAAGACUGUCACCAUUACUGGGAUUGUCACCAUUACUGGGACUGUCACCGUUAUUGUGUCACCAUUACUGAGACUGUCACCAUUACCACUGUCACCGUCACUGGGAUUGUCACCAUUACUGGGACUGUCACCAUUAUCACCUUCACCGUCACUGGGAUUGUCACCAUUAUUGUGCCACCGUUACUGGGAUUGUCACCAUUACUGAGACUCUCACCAUUAUCACCUUCACCGUUACUGGGAUUGUCACCAUUAUUGUGUCACCAUUACUGGGACUGUCACCAUUACUGGGACUGUCACCAUUACUGGGACUGUCACCAUUAUUGCCUUCACCAUUACUGGGAUUGUCACCAUUAUUGUGUCACCGUUACUGGGAUUGUCACCAUUACUGGGACUCUCACCAUUAUCACCUUCACCGUCACUGGGAUUGUCACCAUUAUUGUGUCACCAUUACUGGGACUGUCACCGUUACCACCAUCACCGUUUCUGGGAUUGUCACCAUUAUUGUGUCACCAUUAGUGAGGCUCUCACCGUUACCACUGUCACCAUUACUGGGACUGUCACCAUUAUCACCAUCACCAUUAGUGGGAUUGUCACCAUUACUGGGACCAUCCCCAUCCCCGUGCAGAGCAGCAGGAGAGGUGUGGUGAGUGUGAGUGUGGGGGUCACGUUGGUGGUGGGUGUGCAACAGGUGUGAGCACGGCGUCGUGCAACACGGGGGGGGUGGUGGGGCAUGGGUGCAAGGCAGGGGUGCGCACAUGGUUGCUCACGUGUAGGUGCAAUGCACACUCUUGUGGACAUGCCUUGCACACACAAUGCACACACAUUGC